AUGGGUUGUUGUAAAUCAUUUUAAAAUGGUUGUUUUUAGUCUAAAUCUAUAGAAUAUCACACUAAUUCUAUUCUACAUAAAGAAUCAUCAGAACAAUUCUAAAAUGAGUUUAUUCAAAAUAUUAUAGAUCUAGACAUCAACAUCAAUCAAUAAAAAGUCAAUGAAGGCAAUUGUCUUAAAAAAUCUACAGUUUGCUCAAAAGAUUAAAUAGAAUCAGAAGUAAAAUAAGAAUAUAUGAAAACAAGUUCUAAGCAGUGGAAUAUUAAGUAAACUAUGUUUGUAAGAGUCAAUUCUAAUAAAAAUGUCAAUGAAUCCUAUUUAAUCAAAGAAAUGAUUGGACAAGGAGGUUUUGGUAAAGUCUACAAGGUUGUUCAUAAACAAACUGGUAAAAAGCAUCACGAUCUCUAUCUUAGGGAUGACUAGAGCAUUAAAAAUGAUAUUGAAAGAAAAAAUGAAAUAGGAAGAUUAAGAAAAAUUAUUAGAAGAAACAUCUAUAUUAAUGGAUAUUGAUCACCCAAAUAUUGUUAAAUUAUAUGAAAUCUUUUCUGAUACAUUUAGUUAUUAUUUGAUAAGCGAAUAUUGUGAUGGAGGAGAGUUAUUUGAAAAGAUUAAGCAUGUGUAAAUAUUAACUGAAAAAGAGAUUGCUAAUUACAUGAAAUAAAUUUUAUCAGCAGUUUCAUAUUGCCAUCAAAAAGGAAUAGUGCAUAGAGAUUUAAAACCAGAAAAUAUUUUGUUUGAUUAAAAAAAUAAAUAUGCAACAAUAAAAAUUAUAGACUUUGGUGCUAGUGCAAAGCUAUAAUAUUGUGAAAAACUUUAAAAAAGAAUUGGAACUGUACAUGAUAUUUAUAUUAUAGCCCUUCUAUGUUGCUCCAGAAGUACUUAAUGCUAAUUAUGAUGAAAAAUGUGAUAUCUGGUCUUUGGGAGUUAUACUUUAUAUUCUUCUAUGUGGCUAUCCUCCUUUUUUCGGUCCAAAUGAAUAGGAAGUGUUAUUGAAAGUUAAAAAAGGGGAAUAUUCUUUUGAUCCUUCUGAUUGGGGAAAAGUUUCUAAUUAGGGAAAAGAUUUAAUUAGAAGAAUGCUGCUUUAUGAUCCAACUCUUAGAAUUUCAGCUUCAGAUGCUCUUAAUCAUGAUUGGAUUUAAAAUAAUAAAUCUAAAGGAUAAAUUAAUAUUUAAACUCUAAAUAAGUUAAAAGAUUUUGAUUCAAAAAACAAAUUAAAAUAUGCUAUUUUAUAAUUUAUAACAGUUUAAGUAGUUACUACUUAAGAGAAGGAUGAUCUUCUUAAAAUAUUUUAAGACAUCGAUAAAAAUGGAGAUGGUACAGUGAGUAAAGAUGAAUUAUUUUAAGGUGAUUUUCUAAUAAAUAUAUUUUAGCUUAUCUAAAAAUCUAUAAAGGAGAUAAAUUAGCAGCAGAAACAGUAGUUGAAGAGUUAUUUCCAUAACUAGAUGCUAACUGUUCAGGAAAAGUUGAUUUUAGUGAGUUCAUAACUGCAUCUAUUAAUAAAGAAAAAUCUUUAAAUAGAAAAAAAAUAGAAUAAUCUUUUAAACUAUUUGAUUUAGAUGGUAAUGGAUUAAUUACCAAAUAAGAAAUAAAUGAGUUGUUUAAUGAUGAGAUUGAUGAAGAGAUGUGGUUAGAGAUUUUAGAUGAAUGCGAUUAAGAUAAAGAUGGAAUGGUAAAAUUAACAAUAAUUUAGAUAAAUUUAAACGAAUUCAUAAACUUGCUUGAAAAUAAAAUAUCUAAAAAAGGUUUAUUUUAAUAAUGA